GUUCAAAGGGGGCGUGGUAAAAACAUGAAUUGAGGUCUGCAAUCUUGAGCCGCUGAUGCUAUUUAAAUUUUAUUGUUAAAAUCUGAGAAACUUCGUCACCAUGGCGUACAGAUUGAUGUCAAAUUCAACUACGAGGAGAGUGGAGCUUUUUUUAUUUCACGCGAAUCGCAGAGGACACAUUGAUCGGAACACAGUCUUUCAGAUCAGGAAAGGUAUUUCUCAACUCCAGAAAAGCAAUGUCGAUUUUGAAUCGCUCUUCCGUCGUUUCUGCCAGAAGCCACCGAAAGGCUUUGAAAAGUUCUUCCGGCCAGCAGGCAGCAAACCUCCAUCAGAGAGCAAGCAAUCUGAAUCUAAGGAACAGCCCAAAGAUGCGCCAAAAGAAGCACCACCACCUAGUAGAGGGGCCAUGCCUCCUCCCUUGUCGAAACCACCCCCUGGUCCUGGCAGACCAUUUGACCAGUGGUCUUUUGGGUCGUUCGGAGGGAGUGGUGGUGGAGGACCUAAUAAAGAGAGAGACCAGUGGUUCAUGUUAGCCGUCUUUGUUACAAUGGCAGCCAUCGGAGCAAUAGCCUUCUUCGAAAUGGGUUAUAAGGAGAUCACUUGGAAGGAUUUUGUUAACAAUUUUUUGGGGAAAGGCAUAGUUGAGAAGCUGGAGGUUGUCAACAAAAAGUGGGUUAGGGUGAAGCUCCUGCCAGGAACCACUUACGAUGGCAGUCAAGGAGUCUUGUGGUUCAACAUUGGAAGUGUUGAUUCUUUCGAAAGAAACUUGGAAAAUGCACAAAUCGACAUGAACGUAGAGCCUCCGAAUUUCAUCCCUGUGGUCUACAAGUCUGAACUAGAAGCCGCAAGCGUUACAGGAAUUCUCCCAACUCUUCUCAUUAUAGGAUUUCUAUUCUACAUGAUGAGAAGGUCUGCAGAAAUGAUGGGAGGCAGAGGCCGCAAAGGUGGCGGCUUGUUUGGAGGUGUCAUGGAAUCCACUGCUAAACUCAUCAAUCCUUCUGAUAUUCCCGUCAGAUUCAAGGACGUAGCGGGGUGUGAGGAAGCAAAACUGGAAAUCAUGGAGUUUGUCAACUUCUUAAAGAAUCCCCAACAAUACAUGGAUUUGGGUGCCAAGAUCCCGAAAGGUGCAAUGUUGACCGGCCCUCCGGGAACGGGCAAAACACUCUUGGCCAAAGCAACUGCUGGAGAGGCCAAUGUGCCUUUCAUCACUGUGUCCGGUUCGGAGUUCCUGGAGAUGUUUGUCGGCGUCGGUCCAUCACGUGUUCGAGAUAUGUUUGCUAUGGCCAGGAAACAUGCACCUUGCAUUUUAUUCAUCGAUGAGAUCGAUGCUGUCGGCCGCAAAAGAGGAGGCAGAAGUUUCGGUGGCCAUUCAGAACAGGAAAACACCUUGAACCAACUUCUAGUAGAGAUGGAUGGAUUUAACACAACUACAAAUGUUGUUGUUUUGGCUGCCACAAACAGAGUGGAUAUUUUGGACAAAGCUCUUCUUCGACCUGGACGUUUUGAUCGUCAGAUCUUUGUCCCUGCUCCGGACAUCAAGGGCAGAGCUUCUAUUUUCAAAGUUCACUUGGGAAAUUUGAAGACGAACCUCGACAAGAACGACCUUGCACGUAAAAUGGCUGCUCUCACCCCAGGCUUCACAGGAGCUGACAUUGCAAAUGUUUGCAACGAAGCGGCUUUGAUAGCUGCCAGAGAUUUGAAAGAGGCGAUUGUAAUGAAAGACUUCGAGGCUGCAAUCGAAAGAGUGGUUGCUGGCAUGGAGAAGAAAACUAAUGUGCUGCAGCCAGAGGAGAAGAAAACUGUUGCAUACCAUGAAGCUGGUCAUGCUGUGGCAGGAUGGUUCCUCCAGCAUGCUGAUCCUCUGCUGAAGGUUUCAAUUAUUCCUCGUGGAAAAGGUCUUGGCUACGCGCAGUACUUACCGAGGGAGCAGUACCUCUACACAACAGAGCAGCUGUUUGACAGAAUGUGCAUGACCUUGGGAGGCAGAGUGUCGGAAGAAAUUUUCUUCAGCAGAAUCACCACUGGAGCUCAGGACGAUCUUCGCAAAGUAACACAAAGUGCUUAUGCACAAGUUGUCCAUUACGGCAUGAACUCGAAGGUGGGCAAUGUCAGCUUUGACAUGCCUCAGCCAGGCGAAAUGGUCAUGGAAAAGCCAUACUCGGAGGAAACUGCUCAGAUGAUUGACUCUGAAGUGAGAAGUCUCAUUAGCAAGGCUCAUAUGAGCACAAUGGAUCUUCUAUUGAAGCAUAAGGAGAAUGUAGCAAAGGUUGCAGAACGCCUUCUGAAACAAGAAAUCUUAGGAAGGGAUGACAUGAUCGAAUUACUCGGUCCUAGACCAUUCCCCGAAAAGUCAACUUAUGAGGAAUUCGUUGAGGGCACCGGCUCAUUUGAGGAAGACACCACACUGCCCGAAGGACUCAAGGACUGGAACAAGAACAAGGAAGAAGAAAAGAGUCCAAAGGAGCAGCAACCUGCUGAAGAUUCAAAAGCUAAGAAGCCGCCGAAGAGCAAAAAGUCAUAAGAAUUAUCCAUCUGUGGUGAACUUACAGACUGAUUUAUAGAUUCUACUAAAUCUCAUUCGCAUCGAUGUUGGGCUUGGUGCGAUAAUUUUAGUAUUGUACCUCAUUUCACUAAUGUAAACCGCACCAAGGCCAAUUAUGUGAUGGGAGGGCUAUGAAAUUGUGCAUUAAUUGUAAAUCACCAAUAAAUUAUGAAUUGCUUGGUCAAAAUGUUAAUUGUUUCUUUAAGAGCAGCGGGGACGGGACCGGGAAAUUGAAGUU